AUGACAGACGUCGAAAAGGCUGAGAGCCGCUCAACGAACCCCGACUAUGACGACGCCACCAUCGCCGAGGACUCGGGCUUCGAGCCCAUUCGCACGGGCGCCGCCCCUACGCGGUCGCUCCGCCAGUCACGGUCCCUAAGCCGGACACGGUCGCAAAACGGAUACAGCGUCGACGACUACCAACCAAGCGAUGACAGUCCGCAGAGGGAACCGGAAAAGGAUCCGUUCGAAGUUGGUUUUGAUGGCGGUGACCAAGACCCCCUGUGCCCGCGUAGCAUGGGCAAAGCCAGAAAGUGGCUCAUCGUCUCUAUCGUGUCGUGUGCUAGCUUUUGCGUAACGGCGGCUAGUUCCAUCUACACAUCAACAUAUGCGCAGAUGGAUGCAGAGUUUGGCAACUCCAGAAUCGUAGGCACCUUGGGCUUGUCAGUCUUCGUGCUUGGCAUUAGCUUGGGCCCCAUGUUCCUAAGCCCUCUCAGUGAGUUUUACGGCCGUCGCCCCAUCUAUUUGGUAUCAUGGGCCAUGUAUGUCAUCUGGAUCAUACCGUCUGCCGUUGCCAAGAACAUUGCGACCAUGAUCGUCGCCCGCUUCCUCGACGGCCUGUCAGGCAGCGCAUUCCUGGCCGUGUCUGGCGGCACUGUGAGCGACCUUUUUGCGCGCCAUGAGCUUCAGGCACCGAUGCUCAUGUACUCCCUGGCCCCCUUCAUCGGACCUUGCAUAGGCCCCUUGAUUGGCGGAUUCAUCAACUAUAACGCUAACUGGCGCUGGACGUACUACGUGAUGAUAAUUUGGGCCUUCGCUCUGCUGGUUGCCAUCGUCGUAUUGGUGCCUGAGACUUAUCAUCCGAUUGUUCUACGGGCCAAGGCACGCAAGAUCCGAAAAGAGACCGGCGACGAGAGAUGGAAGGCCCCCGUCGAGAAGACGACCAAAUCUGUCGCUCAGACCAUCGGUCUGUCGCUGAUGCGGCCAUUCCAGCUUCUCAUCUACGAGCCCAUGGUUCUCAACCUCUGCAUCUUCUCCGCCAUCCUUUUGGGUAUCUUGUACCUCUUUUUCGGCGCUUUCCCGCUUGUUUUCACGACCAACCACGGUUUCAACCUGUGGCAGGUGGGCAUGACCUUUUUGGGCAUCCUUGUUGGCAUGUUCUUCGCUGCCGCGACCGACCCCUUGUGGCACCGUAUACGUAGUCGGCUCAUGGCGGACCUGGAAAAGGAGACAGGUGUUGAGGGAGCAAGUGAACCAGAGUUCCGUCUUCCACCAGUUAUCUGCGGCGCUUUCCUAGUCAGCAUCGGCCUCUUUUGGUUUGGAUGGACCACCUUCUCUUGGGUGCAUUGGAUCCUGCCCAUCAUUGGGUCCGCGAUAUUUGGAGCUGGAUUCAUGUGCUGGCGUACGCUUUUUGCGUUAAGAGUGGUCCUUGUUUUUACCGGCAUUUUCACGUUUCUUGUCGACGCCUACCCUUUAUAUGCAGCGUCAGUGCUUGCUGCGAAUGCAUUUGUGCGAUGCAUGUUUGCUGGUAAGUGCACUUGUGGUACCAACGCUCUAAUCCACUCAGCUGGGUUCCGCAUUCCCGUUGUUUGGAACUCAAAUGUACAACAAGCUUGGAUAUCCCUGGGCGACAUCACUCCUCGCUUUUUUGACCGUUGUUAUGCUCCCGUUCCCGUAUAUUUUCUUCAAAUACGGCAAGAAAAUCAGAAGCCGCAGUCGCUUCGCGAAGACUGCUUAAUAAGGAAAAUCUUGACGGACAGAUAUCGACAAGCAGGCUGA